UUUCAGAUGCUUGUCAAAUAUACUCUCUUCGCAACACUUUUUGGCUUGGUCAGCGCCGUUUGCCCAGUCGGUAAUGACUUGGAAAUCAAAGGAUUGUGUUUCAAAUUUGUGGCCCAAAAAAUGACUUACGAUGAUGCUCAUAACUGGUGUCAUUUCAAAAAUCCAGUUGGUUUUUCUUAUCUGGCAUAUGUUCCUGAUCAAGUAACAAGUAACUACUUGGCAGUCUUCGCUCGCACGGAAUUUGGUCCGGAUGCUGAAAAGUUCUGGAUUGGUCUACAUCGAAAUGGAUCUUCUGGUCUCUUGGAAUGGGAUAACAUGAGACCUGUUGUCCAUACCAACUUUGGAAACAACGUUACAAAAAACUACUUCACUGAAAACAUCUCCGAUGCAAAAUGGGAAACACUGGACGAUAAUGGCAAGAAUUACUUUGUGUGUAGUUAUGAUUCAAGGUGGGCAACAAAGCCAACGCCAAGUACAAUGAAGUCUACACCGACUACUCCGACUACCAUCAAGUCUACUCCGACUACUCCGACUACCAUGAAGUCUACUCCAACUACUCCGACUACUCCGACUACCAUGAAGUCUACUCCAACUACUCCGACUACUCCGACUACCAUGAAGUCUACUCCAACUACUCCGACUACUCCGACUACCAUGAAGUCUACACCAACUACUCCGACUACUCCGACUACCAUGAAGUCUACACCAACUACUCCGACUACUCCGACUACCAUGAAGUCUACUCCAACUACUCCGACUACUCCGACUACCAUGAAGUCUACUCCAACUACUCCGACUACUCCGACUACCAUGAAGUCUACACCAACUACUCCGACUACUCCGACUACCAUGAAGUCUACUCCGACUACUCCGACUACCAUGAAGUCUACUCCAACUACUCCGACUACUCCGACUACCAUGAAGUCUACACCAACUACUCCGACUACUCCGACUACCAUGAAGUCUACUCCAACUACUCCGACUACUCCGACUACCAUGAAGUCUACUCCAACUACUCCGACUACUCCGACUACCAUGAAGUCUACUCCAACUACUCCGACUACUCCGACUACCAUGAAGUCUACACCAACUACUCCGACUACUCCGACUACCAUGAAGUCUACUCCAACUACUCCGACUACUCCGACUACCAUGAAGUCUACUCCAACUACUCCGACUACUCCGACUACCAUGAAGUCUACUCCGACUACUCCGACUACCAUGAAGUCUACUCCAACUACUCCGACUACUCCGACUACCAUGAAGUCUACACCGACUACUCCGACUACCAUGAAGUCUACACCGACUACUCCGUCUACCAUGAAGUCUUCUCCAACUACUCCGACUACCAUGAAGACUUCAAGUAUCACAAAUUAA